GGAUUUAAGGUAUCUAAAGUCUAAGUAAAAUAUCUUUUUGAAGUCAAUUGAUCUGCUGACUUUAGGAAAAAUUAUGAAAGUAUAUAACCAGCAUGCAGAGUUUUAGUAAAAAGGAAGUGAUUGAUUUUAGGAAUUUUUCACUUUCCGCUGUUUCUUUUGCUUUCAUUGGCUUGCAUUUUUUUGAUCUUUGUUAUUUAUUUCAUUUUCUCUAUAAUAAUAAUCGGGUUGUGAGAUGCGUCUAUGAUUUACUCAUCGUUUCUAAUGCCUCGAUGAGCUAUUCUUUAAUUGUGUUUAUCAUUGGUGCUAACUGGCAAUGAAGAUGUAUUUGGUCGAAGCUUAGAGAUUAGAGCUGAUUUAUUUACUUAUAUAGAUCCAGAUACUCCCUUUUCAGUUGUCACAUUGGAAUUUGCGUUAAUUAUUUUCUUCUCUCUCUUUUGUUGGGUAGCAGGUAAAUUAUAAUUCUCAAUUAACAAAUAAAUGUAUCAUCCUGUCUCAAAAAGUAAGAAUGAGCUACAAAUUUGUAUAUUUAGCAGAUCUUGAAAUGUAUUACAUCUGCCAAUAUCUGCAGCAUGAUAGUAUAUUGAGUAGUUCUGAUGACGUCGUGGAGAACUGCAUGUGGGUAUCAAAGUGUACAGCACUCACUGCUUGUGGCUCUGUUAAUGAAAAGUGAGGCCGCAACCAUGAAUUCCUAUGUGCGAUGGCCUUAUUGAACGCGCUGAUGAUAUGUUGCUUCUGUAUGUACUGUCCAUUAUAUUUGGUAGUGGUGAGAGAAUUUCGCCCAUUUGCUAAAGAAUCUUCGUAGAAUAGCAAUGUGUAAUGACUUGGUGUUGCUCAGUAGGUUACAAUUGUGUGGCAGUGCAGCAUUGGUGCAGCAGCGGAUAAGGUGCAUCGUCACCACAGAAGCUUUCAUAAACCUUUUCGUUGGGAAAAACACGAUAUACACUACCGGUCCCAUGCAAGGGCAUGUGAUGAGUAAGGGAACAUGGUCAGGCGCUUGUAAAUUGGUUGAAAAGCUCAUGGACUACCAGGGACUUGGAAAGGAGCUUUCAAAUCCGGUUCUUUACAGGUAUAGUUCCUUCAAAUACACUUUUGCAAACGGAGAAACACGAACAUUUAGCAACAGGUCAGCGCGCGCUAGGUAGAAUAUUCAUUCUAUAAAUGCAUUGAACAAAAUUUAAUCAAAGGAAAAGAGUGGCACCAAAAGCAAUUUCCCCUUCGACGCAUUCUGUAGGUGUGAUGAUAAAAAAAAUGUUCUGCAUAAAAGUCGACGUUUUUAAAGGGAAAAAGUCGACUUGUUGAAGGGUACUGUAGGAAUGUAAAACGCACCGCAUUAUAGUCGCAGCACACUCGUAGUGUAUCCUUUUUCUGCCAUAUACACACCUGCAUUCAUACACAACCCCUCAUACGCCAGGUAUCCGCCUCCCACUCCCUUCCUGACAAUUAGUUGUGGCUUCCUUGCCAAAAACAUUUGUCAUCACUCGCGGAUAGCAUAAGCGGCUGAAGUAAUUAACAACUGACUGAAUGCUCUGCUAGAGGGUUUCACCGAGACCAAUACGUGCCUCUAUUCUGCUUUAAACAAGCUCUACUAACCACAUAAAAAAAUAAAUGCCCCCCCCCCCCCCUGAAGAUUAGGAAUGCGAUGACGGGUGCACCACUGCCCUUCAAGUACGAAGGAACGAUUAAAUGUGCUUUUUCGUUAUUGAAUCUCUUUUAAACUUUGUGUACGAAAGGAGGUGAAAGGAAAUUCUACUGUGACGGUUUGAGUGCAUGAGUGCGCUAAACAUAUUUUUUUGUCUAAUGAACGUGAAAAGAGGUAAAUGCUACCCACUGUAAAUGUAUAUUUUGCAAUUCAGUACGAGUGAUCCAGGCAUCUCAAGCUCAGUGUGAUAUAAAAUCAAAUUAUUUGAGUCCUAGAAAAUUGAAGAGUAGAUGAUUCCUUUCAGAAGGAAAAGCUCUCAAGUAAUGGACAGUAAUCAGUGUUGUUAUUCAUUAUUUCAAUUCUUCCAUCCGAGCACGUCCCCUUCCCCUCUCUUGGCUACGUCUCUCUACAGAGAGCAGCAGUUUUAAUGGGUGUGUUUCUUUGACCAUUAAGCAGGGCAUUUCCUGAACUUUUACACAAUAUGUUAUUCACCACAAAGUGGAAUUCCUUUCCCCCGGGUGUGAUCAUCUUUGGCUUAAGUCCAUACAUAUAUAUUCGCAUGGCACAGUAAUGAGGUAUUGAAGAAUCACUGUGGCCAAGACCCGUAUUUGGUUCCCCUCCCUAACCCACUUUCCUACCUAAACAUGCAGCACUAAACACUGACAACACGCUAGGAGGGUCGGUGUUGUAAGGGAAUCGAUAAAUAUUACUCCUAAGAAAUGAAUAAUCUUAUCGGGAUCACAAGGAAAAUUAUGGACAAUGUUGAAUAAAACGUGAAUAACUCCCCCCCUCCCAACGGAUCGUGUAAUUCUCACCAACCUCAAGACGACACAAAUUUUGACGGGUAACACGAGGAAGAGAUAGAAAAACUAAGAGUUAAAUGUCAGCGAAGGAUAUUUUCCAAUAGGAAUCAAUCUAUAAUGUGGUUUGAUUUACAUCAUUGUCUAACCUCCUUGAUUGAUGAAAUUACGAGCAGUACACACAUAGUGAACUUCCCCCUCCAUACUUGUGUUUUGCAUAUUUCCUUACCCUCUACUCUUGUUGAGCUUCUCAUGUUUAUUCGAAUAGUUUUUUGUAUUAAAAACAGAAACAGAAUUAAUUCAAAACAAAAUGCGAGUUUCCUCUUUGUCACGUGUCGAUUGGUUUUUAAUGAGAGGUAUUUUUCGAUUUCGUCUUUCUAUUAAUAUAUAUAUAGUCGAUGCAGACACCUGACUGAUACCUCACGAUUGUGUUUAAACUCGCCAUGGAAGUCAGGCAAUAACAGUGGCCUCACCUAUUCAUUCCUUCAUAGUUGAAUGGGCAUGCAGCAGGUCGUUAAGGUAUUAUCACGAUGAGUGGGCACAGGGAAGGAAAUGGGUGAGGAAAGGAUGAACUAUUUGGUUUCUAGAUGUUUCUAGGCGGUAACUCCCUUCCCCCCUCGCGCGUGAUUUACAACAAUAAAAAUAUAUGGGGAUCUUUUCUAAAUAUUCUAUAUUGACCACACUGCCAGAUUAGAGAAUUGUUGUGAUUUCUUCAGCAUUUUUAUUUCAUACAUCGUAUUCCUUAGAAUUAUAUUCCUAAUCGUUGUUAUCAAUACAUAGGCCUCGUGCGCGCCCAAUUGGGGUUCUAGAGAGUGAGGAGGGGGGAGGGAUCAGUCAUUCGCAACAGUAAUAAUACGGAGACCCACAAAAGGGGAGAAAGGAAGUAUACUUUUCCCGAGUGCUAUGAGGCAGUCCCUUAGUCAAUGUUGUCACUCACAUGACCGGUUUAUAUUAGGGAAGGCAUGCAGCACGGCUAUUUUUACUGCUAGACGUGGGAACUUCAUCGGGCAAUUUGCGUCUGCUAGUCGCCCACUCUGCAAUGGUUAUGUCGGCGUCAUCGCACUGCACAUCUCCGUGCGUCGCUACGUCAAUGCAUUAUAUCGCAUCCCUCCACUCCAUACUGUCCCCACACAUACACACAGCGGCGAGGAGGUCGAUGGCGAGCUCCUCCUUGCUCAAUUAAGGGGUUUAUUCAGCAUACUUGCCGGGACGCAGCUCGUCGACGCGGUACACGAGAUGCGCAGCAACCCCUAUUUUGAAUGCAUCUUUACCGCAGAUUUGUUAUUCCAGCAUUAUGACCUCAUUCUGCCCAUGCCAAAGCUCAGUCGCGAGUUCCGCUCAUCGGAGGUGAGCGAAACGCUCAGAUACAUGCGCAGCUGUGGCGCGAGUGGCGAUGUGAACCACCUUCUGCAAGACACGAAGGGUGGUCGUGCAAGCGGCAUGGACUUCGUCUCGACCACUCACGGCAUCUUGAUGGGCUUCGGUACAUCGCGCACCAACAAACUGGCGGCCAUGUCUCUAAUGGGGCUCAACACAGAGACUGGUACACAAGACAACGCAAUCCGAGCGCUGAACGUCGAGCCAAUUGAACUGCCGGAAGAUAGUGCACCGCUGUCGGAUCUCAUCGCUUUUGGUGGGCAACGGACAUUUAUGUACAAGGAUACCGCACAUGGCCGUGGGGCGGUGCAGCUUGCCGUCGAGCGAAUGCCAAAGCUGAGCGCACAGACCCUUAAAAUAGAGCCAGGGUGUUCAGUCCUUUCUCACCUGUGCGGUGUAAGUCCGGUGUAUGACGUCCUGUGCGACCAGGACUUCCCCCUAUCGAUGGAGCGUAUCGGAGAAUGCGGCCUGAACCCGUUCCCAGUCGAGUGGUCUGAACCACGUAAGCUGGGGAUCACGAUGCGUAGUGUGUGUCUGAUCGCGAGAUUCGCUCACGGUUCCUUGAAUGCGGGUGGAUACGCCGCAAGUGCGACUCCAGCGGCUUCGAAAUCCAACUACUAUAGCAAAGAUGCGUCCAAAAAUACGCGUCUGUUCCGAGGUGGACACCGCAUCCAUGGAGAUCAGGGGGCGCCGUUGGAAGCACAGAUUCGCUCAGGAGAGCUGAUGAAUCCGGUUUACCAGCGCCCCCCGCGGUAUCGGCCACCUAUGCAUAGGCAAGGAUCUAUCGUGCGGCACUAA